UCCCAGAGACAGCUAGCUUAGCACGGGACUCUGUGGUCACUGUCACACCGGGGCCAGGACCCUCCGCAGCCAUAAUGAAGUUCGUUAGGUUUAUAAUGAAGAACGCGGCGUUAGCCAGCGUCCCCAAACACAUCGAGCAUUUCUCCAAAUUCUCUCCGUCACCGCUCUCCAUGAAGCAAUUCCUCGACUUCGGUUCCAUUAACGCCUGUGAGAAGACCUCCUUUGUCUUCCUGAGGCAGGAGCUCCCUGUGCGACUCUCAAACAUCAUGAAAGAAAUCAACCUGUUGCCUGACAAACUGCUCACAACCCCGUCCGUGCAGAUCGUGCAGAGCUGGUACAUCCAGAGUUUAAUGGAGAUCCUUGAAUUCCUUGAUAAGAAUCCUGAUGACUACAAAGUCCUGGGAGAGUUUGUCGACACCCUAGUCACCAUCAGAAACAGGCACAACGACGUCGUACCAACUAUGGCCCAGGGUAUCAUAGAGUACAAAGAGGCCUUCCCCCAGGACCCGAUGACCAACCAGAACAUCCAGUACUUUCUGGACCGCUUCUACAUGAGCCGCAUCUCCAUUCGUAUGCUCAUCAACCAGCACACUCUUAUUUUUGACGGUACCCUCAACCCUGUCCACCCAAACACCAUCGGCAGCAUUGACCCCCACUGUGUAGUCGGAGAUGUAGUUCAGGAUGCUUUCCAUAGUGCUAAGAUGCUGUGUGACCAGUACUACCUCCGCUCCCCUGACAUGGUACUACAGGAGAUGCACGGCAAGAAGAAGGCGAAGCAUCCAAUGAGCAUCGUAUACGUUCCCUCUCACCUGUAUCACAUGCUGUUUGAGCUCUUUAAGAAUGCUAUGAGGGCAACCAUCGAGACCCACGACAACAGCAACACCCUCCCACCCAUUCAAGUCUUGGUGUCGCUUGGAGACGAGGACCUGUCAAUCAAGGUGAGUGACAAGGGCGGAGGUGUCCCCUUUCGCAGGAUUGAGAACCUUUUCAGCUACAUGUACUCCACCGCUCCUGCUCCACAGAUAGGAGAGCACACACGGCCUCCACUGGCUGGCUUCGGCUACGGUCUGCCCAUCUCACGUCUCUACGCCAAGUACUUCCAGGGGGACCUGCAGCUCUACUCCAUGGAGGGCCACGGCACAGACGCUGUCAUCUACUUGAAGGCGCUGUCAACAGACUCCAUCGAGAGGCUGCCGGUGUACAACAAAACCGCUCUAAGGAACUACAAAGUGAGCCAAGAGGCCGACGACUGGUGUAUACCCAGUAAAGAGCCUAUUGAUAUGAGCAUAUAUAAGGUUCCCAAGUGAAAAGGUCCUUCACGCCUGGUGUUUCAAGUCUACAAAUUUCUGUCUUCAUAUUCCCAUGUCAUCAUCUGUCCAGGCAGAUGUGGGCACCAAACAUUUUCCCACUGAGAGCUUCAUCUCCAGACUAAACCCCUCUUAUAUUUCAGUCUGGUUUUAGCAGCAGCAUAUCCACGUUGCUUUCAGUCCCCGCUGUCCUUUUGGGUUCUUCAUAGGAAAAUAGAAAACUGCUACUAACAGAAAAGACUUCAUCUCUUAGACUUUGGAGACGUAGCACCAAUGUUGCAUCAUGUGCAGGUAGACAGAGGCAGCACUCAGCAUGUUACGAGUGUGGUGUGAGAAGUGGGAAUAUGAUUGGACUGAUGUAAAGGAGGGUUUGAAUACUCCAGUUGAAGACGCCACACGUGCAGUAAUGUUACUGCAGAUGUUUGAGGAGAGACAUGUGGAGGGAUUGAGUUGAACCGAGGGGGACCGAAGAGAUCCUGUAGGAGAUGUCACCCAAGCCUUACGGUAGCAACUUCACCCAAAGGCUCAUUUCAUCGAAAUACUUGAAGUAUCUAAAGAAAAAAAAACACUAAUGUUGCACCUUGUUAAAUUUUAAAGUGCUGUAAAACUGUUGGAUCUGUCGAUUUGAACAAAUGUAUGUUGAGUGGUGUUGUGCUUUUUGCAUGGGCAUUUGUUUUGAUAUUUCAGCCUUUAAGAUUUUAAUCACAGUAUUCACGUCGACUGAUAAGAUACAGUGUUAUCUUAGCAUCAGUUUUCUGGACCAGGCUGAAUGUAACCCACUCUCUUCUGUGCAUUAAUUACAGAGACAAAGAGUAUCACAUGAAAGAAAUGCACAGCACUGUAGGGCCCAAGCUCUCUGAUGCACCAGGUUUUACAGCCAGACACCAGGGGAUUUGUUUCGCUUUUGAUUGGAGGUUUAAUGCUUUUAGCUGAGUUCAAUAGAGGCCAGUGUUAUUAAACCCCAGAAAGCAGCGCGUGUCAUGUUCGAGUUUUCUACCAGUCUUUGAUCCAAUAAAGGAAGGCCAGUCUCAGAUUGUAUAUUACACUGUGCCAUAUGAGGAAAAAAGGUCCCAGGUCCAUAUGUGUUAUUAGUGCACAGUUUUUUUGUAUUAAAUUGAUCUUAAUCAUACAAUAAGUUAGAGGUUAUUUUUAUAGCUACAUUUCUUGUGACUAAAAUGAUUGUACAUAGUGUGAAUACAAUCCAAAUAAUAAAGAACAACCUAAGUGUAAAA